AUGACAGAUGCCUGCAGUGGAGGAGAACGUGCUGCAGCUCCCACUCCCAGCCUGGAUGCCUCCGACCCGGAGCUGCACUAUGAGGAGGAGGAGGAGGAGGAAGAGGAUGCAUCAUCGGGAUCCUCGGAGCCCUCGGACAGCAGCAGCAUCUUCUCUGAUGACUCUGUGUACCCCUGCUAUGAGGUGUCCCCAGAGGCUGACGGUGCUGGGCUCCUCAGCCUCUACCAGUGCUGUGCCAGGAAUGAUGCCAAGCUGGUGUGGGAGAGGCUGGAGUGUGGGGUGACCCGGAGCGAGGCCACAGAGGUGGACAUCAACGGGAGGAACGCGCUGAUGGUCGCCUGCUCCAAGGGCUUUGUGGACAUUGUGCCCCUGCUGCAGAAGUGUCCCUACAUCAACAUCAACCAGCAGGACAACGAUGGGAACACAGCCCUCAUGAUGGCUGCCCAGGCAGGACACAUCACCAUUGUUAACUACCUCCUCAACUACUACCCUGCGCUGGAGGUGGACCAGCGGGACCCGCGGGGGCUGACGGCGCUGAUGAAGGCGGCGGUGCAGGGACAGCGCGACUGCGUCACCGCCCUGCUCCUGGCGGGAGCUGACCUGCAGGCCGUGGAUGCCGUGAAGGGGAAGACAGCCCGGGAAUGGGCGACCUUCACCGGCCGCUUCGAGACCACCGUGCGCAUCCGGACCCUGCUGCGGCGCCCGCGGGCAGAGCAGUUUGGAGCCCAGUACCAGCCCGAGUGGCCAGCCCUGGCCGAGCUGGUGGCCAAGGCCCUGAGCCCCAAAUCCAGGAGCAAGAGGCUGUCGGAGAAGAUCCGCUCCAUUUUCACCUUCAACAUCCCCCGCAAUCCCGAGGAGGACGGCGUGAUGGACCACAUGGUGAGGAUGACCACGUCCCUUGCCAGCCCUUUCGUGGCCACCGCUUGCCAAACCAUCUGCCCCGACAGCCCUCCCGAGGUGGGCAAGCGCCGGCUGUCGGUGCCGGAGAUCCUCGGGCAGCACGUCCCGGCUUCAGGUGACGAGUCAGAGGUGUCCUCUCGCCCCAGCACCGGGGGAUCCUCCUGCAAUGGCCACGCCGUGCCCGGGGCGCGGCCACCGCCGCCCCGGCAGCCGCCCGGCCGCCUCCUGAGCUUCCUGCCGCUGUGGCUGCGCCGUGCCAACAGCAUCUUCCCCGGGGAGCCCGUCCCAAAAAUCAAAGUGAGCAAAGCCUCGGGCUCGUCCGCCGGGGAGAGGAAGCCGCGUGUGAAGGACAAGCACCUGCUGCAGCCACCUCAGUGGAGGUACAAGGUGCUGAAGGAGGAGAAGAAAGCGGCCGAGGAGGCCAAGGCGGGGGAGAAGAAGAAGAAGAAAAAGAAAAAGAAAGGCUAA